AUAAAUAAAUAAAAGUAAAACUGCUUUAUUUUCAACUCCAAUAGUCCAAGUAGCUGACAAUUGGUGCAAAAUGCAUUCAGACAUUAUUCCGAGCACGCCACCCGCAGCAGCAGCAGCAGAGAAGCAUGAAGAAGAAGAAGAAGAAGGAGGAAGAGGGACGUGGAAGCACGCGGCUUUCCAUGUGGCCACUACGAUUGCCACUCCAGCUGCUUACGCUCCUUUGCCCUUCGCUCUUGCUUCUCUCGGUUGGCCUCUUGAAUUAAGUUGCAACUCCCUCUGCCCAGGUGUGACUAAUUUAGUGAGCGGAACAUUGGCAACUUGGUAUUCUAGCCUUCUGAUUGCGUCAUUAUGGAAAUGGAAUGGAAAGAAGCACAUUACAUAUAGAGAACUUGCUGGGAGCAUCUUUGGAUUCUGGGGUUAUUGGUCUGUUGCACUUUUUCAGCAGGUGGCUUCUUUGGGCAAUAACAUUGCCAUUCAAAUUGCUGCUGGGAGCAGCCUUAAGGCAGUUUACAAAUACUUUCGUGAGGAUGGUUCCUUAACCUUGCAGCAUUUCAUUAUGUUCUUUGGAGCCUUUGAACUUGUUCUCUCUCAGCUUCCUGAUAUCCACUCAUUGAGAUGGGUAAAUGCGUUGUGCACUUUCAGCACGAUUGGAUUUGCAGCUACAACCAUUGGUGUGACAAUUUAUGAUGGUAAGAAGACUGACAGAAACUCAAUAAGUUACAGUUUGCAAGGAAGCUCCUCUCGUAAGACCUUUAGAGCCUUUAAUGCUCUUGGGAUAAUUGCAUUUUCUUUUGGAGAUGCAAUGCUUCCUGAAAUACAGAAUACCAUGAGAGAACCUGCAAGGAAGAAUAUGUAUAAGGGUGUAUCAGCAGCAUACAGUGUCAUUAUCCUGAGUUACUGGCAACUGGCCUCCUGUGGAUACUGGGCUUUUGGAUCAGAAGUUCAGCCUUACAUAUUAUCUUCUCUAAGCGUUCCUGAAUGGACAAUUGUUAUGGCAAAUCUCUUUGCUGUGAUACAAAUAUCUGGAUGCUAUCAGAUAUAUUGCAGGCCAACAUAUGCCUACUUCGAGGAAAAUAUGCUGUCCAGCAAAGCUACUGGCCGUUUCCCCCUGAGAAAAUACCUUGUCCGACUUAUUUUUACUUCCAUUUACAUGGCUCUUAUUACUCUUAUUGCUGCAGCCAUGCCCUUUUUUGGGGACUUUGUGUCCAUCUGUGGCGCAAUUGGAUUCACUCCACUGGAUUUUGUCUUCCCUUCUGUGGCAUAUUUGAAAGCGGGAAGAAUGCCCAAGGAUGCCAAAUGUCGCCUUUCAAUGCAGCUCCUUAAUUUUGCAAUAUCUACCUGGUUCUCAGUUGUUGCAGUGUUGGGUUGCAUUGGUGCAGUCAAGUUUAUCAUAGAAGAUAUCAAAACCUACAAGUUCUUUCAUGAUAUGUAAGCAUUUACAUUGUUAUAACUUAUAAUUGUUUUGUAAUCAUUGUAUUCUCUUACAUUGUUGUAUCUCUAGAUGUUUUGU